AUGGAGACAGUUUAUCUCAAAGCUCUAAUGUGUAUCUGGGGAAUUUUUUGGAACUUGUUGAUUGUUGUCGCUAUUUACACUGAUAGUGUUUUGCGAAAAUCAUCAACAUUUUUACUUUUAUCUGCCCAUUUCAUAGCUUGUGCAAUAGAUGUUGGUUCUCGUUUAGUUUUCGAUGUUCCAUCUGAAAUUCUAAACCGCCCGCUUUUCCGAUUAUCCCAAAAUUAUACUGAUUUUCCAACUAAACUUUUUCAUUUUACAACAUAUUCUGGAUGGUUUUUCCAAUUGUAUACCUUAAUUGCAAUUGCUUUUUCGCACAUUGUUGCAGUUUAUGUAUCAUUAUAUUAUGCAAAAAUGAAUCCAAAGAAAACUAUUUAUCUUAUUUUUGCGUUGAUACUUUUAUCAAUGUUUUCAGUUUCCUAUUUAUGGGGAAAUUUUCCUAUUUUAUUUUAUACAGAAUUCUGGGGUUGGUCAGAAGAUCGAACUCAACCUUGGGUUCAAUUUUUCUUCAACUUGAAUUAUGUUGUUCAAGUGAGUAACUUUAAUGAAAUUUUAUUAGAAAAUUACUGAACAUUUCAGGCAAUCGUAUUUUUCUGUCUAUUCCUGGCUGAUGUUAUGAUCAUCUACAAAAUUAGUAGCAUCAAAAAAUCAGCAGUGGAGAGAAGUGUUACUGUAAGACCAAAUGUUAUUAGAUCCAUACCAGUUGAAAAUCAGGUAUCCGCCGUAAAUCAACCAACAAAUUCGUCAUUCUCACGUUCCAAAAUAUCAACCGAACUCAAAGUUUCAUUAAACUUUAUCAUUGUUUCAUUGUUCUUGCUCACUCAAACAUUGAUUUAUAACAUCUGCACAUUGUGAGAAUCAAAAUGUUUUCCUUGAAAAACAAUUAAAAAUUCCAGAUAUGAUACGCCAUUAUGUUUGUUUCUUCUAUUUAUAGCACCAAUCUUCAGAGGUAGCAAAUGUCUUGCAUAUUUGGUUUCUGGAAGUGCACUUCGAACUGCGAUCAAAAAUCUAAUCUUUUGUAGGAAACAGUUUUAA